GACCCCCGGAACAAGCACAAGUUCCGCCUGCACAGCUACAGCAGCCCGACCUUCUGCGACCACUGCGGCUCCCUGCUGUACGGGCUGGUGCACCAGGGCAUGAAGUGCUCCUGUUGCGAGAUGAACGUGCACCGGCGCUGUGUGCGCAGCGUGCCCUCCCUGUGCGGCGUGGACCACACGGAGCGCCGCGGGCGCCUGCAGCUGGAAAUCCGAGCUCCGACGGCGGAUGAGAUCCACAUCACGGUCGGCGAGGCCCGCAACCUCAUCCCCAUGGACCCCAACGGUCUGUCCGACCCCUAUGUGAAACUGAAGCUCAUCCCAGACCCUCGGAACCUGACAAAACAGAAGACCCGGACAGUGAAAGCCACGCUGAACCCUGUGUGGAACGAGACCUUUGUGUUAAGUUUGAGGUACCCGGACCCGGCUUCCCCACGGAAAGCCCAGCCCGCGCCCCCCGCCCCCCACCCCUACACGCCCGAACACCUACUGGUCCUGGGACUACAAUUCCCAGAAGGCCCUGGGGCUCCUUCCUUGGCUUUUCUAAGGGGCUCCUGCCUCAAGGCCUGUAACUACCCCCUGGAACUCUAUGAGCGGGUGCGGAUGGGUCCUUCCUCCCCCAUCCCCUCCCCGUCCCCUAGUCCCACCGACUCCAAGCGCUGCUUCUUCGGGGCAAGCCCAGGACGCCUGCACAUCUCCGACUUCAGCUUCCUCAUGGUUCUCGGAAAAGGCAGCUUCGGGAAGGUGAUGCUGGCGGAGCGGAGGGGCUCCGAGGAGCUCUACGCCAUCAAGAUCCUGAAGAAAGACGUGAUCGUCCAGGAUGACGACGUGGACUGCACCCUGGUGGAGAAGCGCGUGCUGGCUCUGGGGGGCCGAGGCCCGGGGGGCCGCCCCCACUUCCUCACCCAGCUCCACUCCACCUUCCAGACCCCGGAUCGCCUGUAUUUUGUGAUGGAGUAUGUCACCGGGGGCGACUUGAUGUACCACAUUCAGCAGCUGGGCAAGUUUAAGGAGCCCCAUGCAGCGUUCUACGCCGCAGAAAUCGCCAUCGGCCUCUUCUUCCUUCACAAUCAGGGCAUCAUCUACCGGGACCUGAAACUGGACAACGUGAUGCUGGAUGCCGAGGGACACAUCAAAAUCACCGACUUCGGCAUGUGUAAGGAGAACGUCUUCCCCGGGAACACGACCCGCACCUUCUGCGGGACCCCAGACUACAUAGCCCCCGAGAUCAUUGCCUACCAGCCCUAUGGGAAGUCUGUCGACUGGUGGUCCUUUGGGGUUCUACUGUAUGAGAUGUUGGCGGGACAGCCCCCCUUUGACGGCGAGGACGAGGAGGAGCUGUUCCAGGCCAUCAUGGAACAAACCGUCACCUACCCCAAGUCGCUCUCCCGGGAAGCUGUGGCCAUCUGCAAGGGGGUGAGAGCCCCGACUCCCAGAUGGUCCCCACUCGCACGCCAGGCGCCCCGCUGCCGCCCUCCGGGGCUGCCCACGCAGCCGCUGUGCAUAGCUAUUAGAAAGGGGGCUCCCACCCCUCAACUCUGUUUCCACCUGCUGGAAACCGUUUAUAUAACACAGCGGUUUGUUAGGACAAUAAUUGACUGCCCACUGCCAACCCCCCUCCCCCCGUUCAAGCAUGGCCCCUGUCCCACCCGCCUCUGCCGCCCCCACUCCCCGGGCUGGAGAUAGGGCCUGCCUCUCCACAGCCAGGGGCCCAGGUGAGCCUAAGCCACCAGGUGUCCUCCCGUGGGAUCUUGGGCCAGUCAACGACGCUCUGUAGCCUCGCCCCCUCUUCCGGAGUUAAGGCGGGAGCGAGCGUGUAGCCUAGAGCAGCUUUUCACAGGUGUCCGCCUGCCUCUGCUCCUGGCCCCUGCCUCCAUGUCUCUCUGACUGUCUCUCUCUCUCUCUCUCUGGGUUUCUGUCUCACCCGCUGCCUCCAUCUGCACACGAUGGGGCUUCUGUGUCUCUCC